AUGGCCGGCGGAGCGUUCGUCAACCCCGUCGGGGGCGGGGACUAUCCCGGGAAGCUCACGGGGUUCGUCCUCCUCACUUGCCUCGUCGCCGCCACCGGCGGCCUCAUCUUCGGCUACGAUAUCGGAAUCUCCGGUGAGUUCUUCUCUCUGUUCUAUCUCUCCCCCGUCCGAGAUCUCCGGAGUGGGUGUGUGAUAUCUCGGGGAUCUGGUCUCUGCAAUGGCUGGCAGGCGGGGUGACGUCGAUGGACUCGUUCCUGGAGAAGUUCUUCCCGUCGGUGUACAGGAAGGAGAAGAUGAACACGUCGACGAACCAGUACUGCAAGUUCGACAGUCCACUCCUGACGGCGUUCACCUCCUCCCUGUACCUGGCGGCGCUGGUGGCCUCCUUCUUCGCGUCGACGGUUACCCGCGUCUUCGGCCGCAAGAUCUCGAUGCUCUUCGGAGGCGUGACUUUCCUCGCCGGCGCCGCCAUCAACGGCGCCGCCAAGGACGUCGCCAUGCUCAUCAUUGGGCGCAUCCUCCUCGGCGUCGGCGUCGGCUUUGCUAACCAGGUAAACCGCCGACGAUCCUCCCACAUUGCUUUCCCCUGCUCCUCUUCCCCCGGAUCAAACGGGAGUAAAUGCUCUGUUCUUCUUUCCGAAUUCCUCCCCCUCUCUUCCGAUCGAUCCUUCUAACCUAGAAAGCAAAGAUAAUCCGGCCAAAAAAAAACUAUAUAUAUAUAUAUAUAUAUUUGUUUCUUUUCUCGGCGGGCUCGUGGAGCCCGGGGGGGCAGAUAUUUUUCCUAAUCCCCGGUUUCCCAUGUUGGAUAACACCCGCCGUGCGUUUACUUCUUUUGCGGGAGAGUUUUUCGAAUUCAUGUCGCUGUUACUCUGACUUGCGGCGUCGAUAAAGUCAAAGCUGUCCUUUUUUUUCCAGCCCAAAGCAAAUGCGUUUCAUUUUCAUUAUUUUCACAAUCUUCGGAUCAUUGAAUGCGACUUUGACGGCGCAAGCGAAAUAAUUACAGUCGUUUUGAGCGGUAAUUUUGUUGAAAAAUCUUGGGAAAUCUACUGCAGUCGGUGCCGCUGUACCUGUCGGAGAUGGCGCCAGCGAGAUACCGCGGCACGCUCAACAUCGGCUUCCAGCUGAUGAUCACCAUCGGCAUCUUCGUGGCGAACCUGGUGAACUACGGCACCUCGAAGAUCAGCGGCGGGUGGGGAUGGCGCAUCAGCCUCGCCGGCGCCGCCGUGCCGGCGCUGAUCAUCACCGUCGGGUCCCUCUUCCUCCCCGACACCCCUAACUCGCUCAUCGAGCGCGGGAGGGACGAAGAAGCCCGCGACAUGCUCCGCAAGGUCCGCGGUACCACCGAUGUCGACGCGGAGUACCAGGACCUGGUGGUGGCGAGCGUCCAGUCCCGAUCUGUACAGCACCCUUGGGCCAACAUCGUGCAGAGGAAGUACCGCCCCCAGCUCACCAUGGCCGUCCUCAUCCCCUUCUUCCAGCAGCUCACCGGCAUCAACGUCAUCAUGUUCUACGCCCCCGUCCUCUUCAAGACCAUCGGCUUCGGCGACAACGCCUCCCUCAUCUCCGCCGUCAUCACCGGCCUCGUCAACGUCUUCGCCACCCUCGUCUCCGUCUACUACGCCGACCGCGCCGGCCGCCGCAAGCUCUUCCUCGAAGGCGGGACCCAGAUGCUCAUCUGCCAGGUCUCUCUGUCUCUGUCUAUAUAUAUAUAUAUAUCUACUUUCUCUUUCUCUCUCUUCUGUGUCUGAACGGGAGGAGGACCUGGUUUUUCCAUGGCAGAUAUUGGUGGGGACGCUGAUAUGGAAGGUGUUCGGGAUCAGCGGGGUGGGGAAGGUGGACAAGGGGACGGCCAUCGUCAUCGUCUUCCUCAUCUGCGUCUACGUCUCGGGCUUCGCCUGGUCCUGGGGGCCUCUCGGGUGGCUGGUGCCGUCGGAGAUCUUCCCCCUGGAGAUCCGGUCAGCGGGGCAGUCCAUCAACGUCUCGGUGAACAUGUUCUUCACCUUCGUCAUCGCGCAGGUGUUCCUCACGCUGCUCUGCCACCUCAAGUUCGGGCUCUUCUACUUCUUCGGCGGCUGGGUCAUCGUCAUGACCACCUUCAUCUACUUCUUCCUCCCCGAGACCAAGAACGUCCCCAUCGAAGAGAUGACCCGGGUCUGGAAGAAGCACUGGUUCUGGGGCAAGUACAUCGACGACUCCGCCACCGCCGCCGCCGCCGCCACCGCCGCCGACGUCGAGCUCAAGAAGACCACCCAAGUGUAA